AUGUCACGACAAAAGGGUGCCAAUGAUGAACCCCCAAGUGAUGAUAUUGGUUGGAAAUUUGGAACUCAAGUUGAAGGCACUAGACAUCAUAUUAUUUGCAAAUUUUGUGGACAUCACAUUAAAGACAAACAAAAGAGAAAAGCUGAAUUGGAAGCACAUAUUAGGGGAGAUGAUCUCUAUGAUGAAAAUGAAGAGGGAGAUUUUGUAGAUCUUCGAGAUGAUGACUCUGACUCUGAUCCAGAGAUGACCAGGGCUAGACAAGCAAGUAUUCGUUCACAACAACAAUGGGAGGAAAGGCAACAAUUUAGACGAGGUGUUGCAGGUCAUGGAUCACAAUACGAUGCAGGUGGUAGUUCUGGUGCAGGGGGUAGUGGUCGAAGAUUGCCUAAAGGGUCAGGUAUUGCUAAUGUUUUUCGUCGAUCACAAUCUGUGCGUGAAACUGGUGGGAGUGGACGUAAUUGGAUUAAGCCUAAUGCUCCUGAAGCAAGGUUGAGGGCAAUGGAUGUAGAACUCCAAAAGAGCAAGAGUACAAAACAGCGAAAAAUCUCCACAAUGAAUUUACAGAAGCUAAAAGAGAGAUUGGGACGGGCAGUGUCCAAGUUUAUAUUCUAUAAUCGUAUUCCAUUCAAUGCAGUUGAUUCAGAGUAUACACAACCCAUGCUUGAUGUUGCUGCUGAAGUAGGGCCAGGAGUAAAGGGUCCUAGUGCUUAUGAAGUUUCUGAAGUAUAUUUGGGCAUGGAGCAUGAUGAAAUGACAGAAUGGAUAGGAUCAUUAAAGGAAUUUGGGAAGAGAGAGGUGUAUCCAUCAUAUAAAGUUGUUGAUGAAAUUGGAGAACAAUACGUUGUUCAAGUGGUAACUGAUAAUGAACCUGCACUGAAAGCAGCCGGUAAAAUGUUAAUGAGAAAAAGGAAACAUUUAUAUUGGACAGCUUGUUCAGCACAUUGUAUCGAUCUCAUGCUAAAAGACAUAGCCAAUAAGAAAAGUGUAGCAAAGGUGAUUGAAGAUGGUAAAACCAUCACCGAUUUCAUUUAUAAUAGUGGAUGGGUGUUGGAUUUAAUGAGAAAAUUCACUGGAGGUAGAGAAUUGAUUCGACCUGCCAUCACUCGAUUUGCUACAAAUUUUAUUGCCAUUGAGAGUAUUGUUAGAUAUAAACAACAAUUGAGAGAUAUGUUUAUAGUGAUGAGUGGAAAAAUUCUAGAUGGGGGAAGGCAAAGACUGGGCAGCCUUACAAUGUGA